GCACGGCAGGAAGUCGGUUCUGGUUCCUGGGUUAAGGCGCUCGGGCAGCAGCGAGCGCCCUGUGCCGGGAGCGGCCGCGGGCUCCGUGAGGCGCUCGUUCCCAGUUCUCAAGAUGAUGGUUGUGUAACUUACAAAAUAUUUCAAUCGAAAAAUCUGUUUUGAAAGCAGAAACAUGUAGAGAAGUACGGCAGCUGGAUGGCACCUAUGUUCUCAUCUCUCAUAUGAGCCUAUGAGAGAUCUGUUAACUUGACCAUCUUUCCAGUGAUGAAACAACAUUGGGAAUUAUGGACAAAAACAUUGGUGAGCAGCUUAACAAAGCUUAYGAAGCCUAUCGACAAGCGUGCAUGGAUAGGGACCAUGCUGUGAAAGAACUACAGCAAAAAACAGAAAACUACAUGCAGCAAAUACGUGAACAGCAGGAAAAGAUAGAGCUUCAAAACAGCAUUAUUGCAAAACUGAAAUCACAGUUGGCUGCUCUGAAUGCUAAUAGAGGCAAUGCGCAUCCUUACAUUCUGAUGCAUGAAGACAUUGAAACAUCCAACUUACUUUUCAGCCAGCUCUCUGAAAAACUGAACGUAGCAAAGCAAAAAGAAAAACUCCUAAAGGAACAGUUAGACAGUGAGAGCAUGAAAUUGAAGCAACUUGAGGACAAAAGCAAUCAAAAGGAAAGGAAGCUUUUAUCUAUUAUUUCCAGUCAAGAUGAUAAGAUAAGAAAUCUGAAAAGCAAAUUGCAUGAAUUAAGUGAAGCACAAAAGGGUGUACAGAUGCCAACGUAUAAAAGGGAGGUGAAAAGUAAGAAAGUUGUUCCAGAUAAGCCUGAAUUAUCUCUAGUGAUUUCACCUAUGUCUGAAAGAGAGAAUCCGGAGACUAUUUUCCAGGACAUGAAAGAAGAAUGUCAUCGAAUAUGUAUGCUAGCCAGAGAACAAACAGACCAACUGAGUAAAUUUAAGAUAAAGCCAGAACCUGAAACUGAAAUACAGUUUUCCAUGCCGAUACAGUGCACUGAUAAAACUGAUGAACAAGCAGAAGAGCUUUUUAAGCCUCGGGUUAUAAAGGAUAUAAAUAGAGGUGCAUCAUGCAUCACAUCUAUCACACCAAGAGGAGUGGGCCAAGAUGAGGACAACAACUCUGUAGAAUCACUUUCUAAAUUUAAUGUCAAGUUUCCACCUACAGACAAUGACUCUGCUUUCUUGCAGAGCACUCAGGAAAAACCAACAGUUCCUUGUACUGGUAUAUCUGAAAACAUGCUUCAAGAUCAUCAUUUUAACCUGGAGCACAGAGACCAUGCUGUUAACCUCAGUAAAUUGGAACCUAAAUCAUUUGAAGCUCAUGGCAUUGAUCUCAUGACCUCAGCUUUACAAAGCUUAACUACUGUUGACAAAACAAACCUGCCAGAUCAUGUAAAGAUGCCCAUAGAAAAUAUCUGUGACAAACCAUGUUUAAAAACAACAGACAGUGGUUUCACAUUUGUACCUAAGCACACAAACCAGGGUGUACCUGAAGUAAUUUUUCCUUUAGAAGCUGCUGGAACAACUGUCAGAGGUCCUCAUCAGGUAUCCUUCUAUAAAUACUCUACAUUUCAAAAAAUGCUCAUUUGGCAGCCUCAAGACAAUAAUUUGCUGGCACAAGCAUAUGCAGACUCUGAACUGAAUCAGUGUGGAAUAUGUGAAUUCUGUCGAGAAGUUUUCCCACCAUCUCUAACAUCUAAGGAAGAUUUUCUUCGGCAUCUCAAUUCCCACUUUAAAGUACAGUCUUAAUGUAUGAGAAUUCAAUGGUUCACUGUUUUUGCAUACAUUUAUACAUUUUCUUUAUUCAAUAGAUAKGAUAAGAGUUUAAGAAUUAAGACUUCUUGUUACAAGAACUCAAGACUGAAAUUGUUUGUGAGAUAAGUACAUUUUUAGUUGUCUUUUGACAAGCCAAAAUGAAACUCACUCAGUACUGUAAUUCACAUUUUUAUUUGUUAUGCUUCACUAUUAACUUGGAGAGUGAUGUCACUUUUAUUUUACCAAUUAAUCUUUGCCUGAAUAGGCCUGAAGUUGUGGUUAUAUUUAUGAAUGUAGACUUKCAGGAUUAAUGCCUUAAUCUGACUGGCAAAAACUGGUGUAAUGCUGGGAUUUUUUUUUACAAUAUCCAGUGAUGAGUUUAUGUUCUUCUUAAAGUAAACAGGAGGGGAAGUAGGCCUUCAUUUUUCAUUUAUAUUGUUUAAUUUCCAAAUUUAACUUACAAUAGUGAACCCCUUAAUUCACAUUCUUGUGAAAUUAUCGCAAUAGCUGAUAUCCAGGUGUGCCAGAAUGAGGAUAGGCUUGUUCACUAGUAACAUAAAUGCAUAAUUGACUUUCCCAGAUGAAUUUUUUWCUGAAGAGAGUUUUCAAAAGCAACACCUAAAUGACCCUUUUGCCAAAAGGAAACAGCAGUGAUUUUAUAAAUUUAUGUUACAUGUUAUUAAAAAAAAAAACUUGUUCACAUACCUUUAUAGCAUUAAUAAUUACUAAAAAUGCUUUCAGGAAACAGGUUAUAUUCRUAUGAAGGAUAGAAAAGGUUAAACUUUCCGCAAAACUCAUAAUACCAAAGAUUAUUUGCCUUCCCUUCUGGUCUGCUGUGUUGGUUGCCCAAGUCUGGUACAGACUAGAAAGGAAAGGAGAAAACCUAAUCACCCAAAUCUCAGUAACUUUAUUUUUAACCUGAAUAUACUUAGUGGCUUUCUCAAUGCAAUUAAAAUUUGUGUUUAGUUGAAACAUUGCAGUCUGAUAAAGUUUGCACAUUUUCUGGAUUUACUGAUAUCAAAUUUAAAAAUAGGGGUGUUGCCAAGUAUUUUAAAUUAACGAUAAAGGGUGCUUGCUUUUUGCAUUUGAACUGAAUAUAGAGUUUAGUCCUGAUGUUGAUAAUUAGCAUUAAUAUUUUCAUAGCAGCAAAGCACAACACUUUUUCUUUUUAAAGACUUGAUUGCAGGUGACAAAUUUCUGGAAGAAUUAACACCUGCGUAAUUUUUAGAAAUGGAUUUUUCUGCAAUUAUUUUCUCUAUUUUAAUCAUGUCAUGUUUGUGACGGGCUGUCAGCGGAGCGUACUGUAAUAAACAGCCGUGUACAGUGCAUGUCUGCUGCAUGACCUGGA